AUGGAAGUGACUGGAAACCUAUUCUAUGCCAAUAGUACCAUUGCUGCCACAAAUGUUAUUGGAGAAUGGUAUAUAGAUAGUGGGUGUAGCAACCACAUGACUGGAAAUGGGAGCUUGCUGACAGAUCUUAGAACAAAUGUGGUAGGCAAGGUGCAAAUGCCAAAUGGUGAGCUGGUGAAUGUAGCUGGAAUGGGCACAUUGGCAAUUGAUACUACCAAAGGCAGAAAGUAUAUCAAGGAAGUGAUGUAUCUUCCCGGUUUGAAGGAGAAUUUACUAAGUGUGGGCCAAAUGGAUGAACAUGGUUACUAUCUAGUAUUUGGAGGAAAGGUGUGCAGCAUCUUUGAAGGUCCUUCACUAGAGUGUCUUGUAAUCAAAGUGGAGAUUAAAAGGAAUAGGUGUUAUCCCUUGGCACUAUUACCUAAUGAUCAUAUUGCACUAAAGGCAAGUGUAUCUAAUUCCACUUGGACAUGGCACAAAAGGUUGGGUCAUUUACAUCUAAAAGGACUAAGUCAACUCAAAGAGAAGGAUAUGGUGCAUGGACUGCUAUUCAUGGAAAAGGUUGAUGGAGUUUGUGAUGGAUGUCAGUUUGGAAAGCAGCAUCGGGAAUGGUUUCCUAAGAACCAAGCAUGGAGAGUAAGCAAUCCUCUUGAGCUAGUUCAUGUACAUUUGUGUAGACCUAUGCAAAAUGAAUCCAUUGCUGGAAACAGAUACAAAUAUGAUGCACUGAAUUGCUUUCGAAAAUUCAAGUCAAUGGUAGAAUUGCAAAGUGGUUAUAAGGGAUCCAAAGACAACUCUCUAUGGCCUACACUCCACAACAAAAUGGAGUGGUGGAGAGGAAAAAUAGGACUGGUGGAAAUGGCAAAAGCAAUGCUUCAUGAGAAAGGAUUGCCUUACUAUCUGUGGGCAGAAGCUGUACAUACAGCUAUUUACUUACUAAAUAGGUGCCCUACUAGAGCACUUGGAGAUAAAACACCAUUUGAGGCAUAUAGUGGGAGAAAACCAGGUCUGGCUCAUCUCAAAAUAUUUGGCUGUUUGUGUUAUGUACACAUACCAAGUGAAGUGAGGCAGAAGUUAGAUGCUAAAAGCACCAAGGGUAUUUUUGUGGGAUAUGCAAUCUGCGAAAAAGGUUAUAGAGUGUAUGAUCUUGCUACUAAGAAGAUUAUACUCUCAAGGGAUGUUGUGUUUGAUGAGAAUGCAGCUUGGGAUUGGAAACAAAUGUCUUAUAAACAAGGAAGUGUGAUCAAUCAUGAAGAACAACCUGAUCUGCCAAAUGAUUCAUCACAAGUGACACCUUCUAGAGGUUAUGAUCACCCUCAAUCUCCAAGAACAAGUUAUAUAAGGAGCAGCAUGAGAAAUACUCAAGCUUAUGAUCACACUCCAUUAAAAUGGAGAAAUUUGGAUGAUGUUCUAGCUCAAUGCAAUCUUUGCAUUAUGGAAUCAGAAAAAUUUGAUAAAGCUGCUAAAGAUGAGUCUUGGAUGAAAGCAAUGAAGGAUGAAUUGUCAAUGACUGAGAAGAAUUCAACAUGGGAGCUAGUGGAUAGACCAGCUGAUAAACCUAUAAUUGGAGUUAAGUGGGUGUUCAAAACUAAGCUAAACCUUGAUGGAUCAGUACAGAAGAACAAGGCACGGCUGGUUGCCAAAGGUUAUGCUCAAAAACCAGGUAUUGACUACAAUGAGACCUUUGCACUAGUGGCUAGACUUGAUACAAUCCGCACACUAGUUGCUUUGGCAGCACAAAAGAAUUGGAAAUUGUAUCAGCUAGAUGUCAAAUCUGCUUUUCUAAAUGGUGUCUUGGAAGAGGAGGUGUAUGUAGAUCAACCGGAUGGUUUUGUGGUCAAAGGGAGUGAAGAUAAGGUGUACAAGCUUCAUAAAGCUCUCUAUGGCCUAAAACAGGCACCAAGAGCUUGGUACGAUGAAAUUGACACAUACUUUGCUCAAUGUGGAUUUACCAAGAGUCAAAGUGAGGCCACUCUCUAUACCAAAACCAGAGGAGAAGCAGAAAUUCUAACAGUGUCCAUUUAUGUAGAUGACAUUGUUUAUACAGGGAGUUCUCAGUCAAUGUUAGAGGAGUUCAAGCAAGACUUGAUGCAUUUUCCUUCACCAAAAGAAUAUGCAGCAGCUUUGGUGAGCAAGUUUGGCCUACAUGAAUGCAAACCAGUCUCUAUACCUUUGGUUACAACUGAGAGGUUAAGCAAAGAAGAUGGAAGUGGUCUAGCAAAUGAAGAGCAAUAUAGGAAGAUUGUGGGAAGCUUGCUAUACCUCACGGCUACAAGACCCGAUAUACUGUAUGCAUCUAGUCUACUUGCUAGAUUUAUGCAUUGUCCUACUAAUAAGCAUUAUGGGAUUGCUAAAAGAGUUCUCAGGUAUAUUCAGGGGACACUUGAUUAUGGGCUGGAGUAUGUGAAAGGAAGGAAUGCAAUGUUAAUUGGCUACUGUGACAGUGACUGGAGUGGCUCAGUGAAUGACAGUAAGAGCACUUCAGGGUAUGCUUUCUCUUUUGGCAGUGGUGUUUUUGCUUGGGCAUCAGUCAAACAGAAUAGUGUUGCUCUUUCUACGGCAGAGGCAGAAUACAUCAGUGCUUCAGAAGCAACUGCACAGGCAAUUUGGCUCAGAUUUGUUUUGGAAGACUUUGGUGAAUUUCAAGCUGAAGCUACACCACUACAUUGUGACAACACAGCUGCUAUUGCUAUCACAAAGAACCCUGUGUUUCACUAG